AUGACUUCUUCUAACGGUACUACCAAUGGCCAGAAUGGCCACUCCGCCUCUCCUCCCUCGCUACCUACCGGAAUCUACGCCCCCGUCAUGACCUUUUUCGAUCCCGAGACUGAGGAACUCGACAUCCCCGUCAUCAAGAAGCAUGCCGUGCGAUUGGGCCAAGCUGGUUUGGCUGGCCUUGUGGCCAUGGGUUCCAAUGGCGAGGCCGUUCACUGCACACGCGAGGAAAAGAUCGCUGUUACCAAGGCCACCCGAGAAGCUCUGGAUGAGGCUGGUUUCCAAUCAGUCCCUGUUUUCCUCGGAGCUACUGAGGGUAGCGUCAAGGGCACGAUUGAGCUGUGUAAGCAGGCUGCUGAGGUCGGCGCUGCUGCUGCUCUCGUCCUCCCUCCUUCUUACUACAAGGGCCAGAUGACCGAGGACGCUAUUUCUAGCUACUUCACCGACCUCGCCGAUGCAAGCCCCAUCCCUAUUGUUCUCUACAACUACCCUGGUGCAGUCGCUGGCCUUGACAUGGACAGCGACCUCCUCAUCAAGCUCGGACAGCACCCCAACAUUGUUGGCACAAAGUUCACCUGUGGAAGCACCGGUAAACUCACCCGAGUUGCACUGGCUGCCGACGCCAAAACCCCCUUCCAAGAGGGUUCCGGUUACCUCGCCUUUGGUGGUAUUGCCGACUUCACCGUCCAGACUCUGGUCAGCGGCGGCAGUGGCAUCAUCGCUGGUGGCGCCAACGUCAUGCCCAAGACCUGUGUCAAGGUCUGGGACCUUUACGUCAAGGGCAAGAAGGACGAGGCCCAGGCUCUUCAGAAGAAGCUGUCCAAGGCUGACUGGGUGCUGACCAAGGCUGCCAUCGCCGGCACCAAGUCUGCUAUCCAGAGCUACUACGGCUACGGUGGAUACCCACGACGACCUCUUCCCCGCCUUACUUCUGAGCAGGUCAAGGGUAUCGCGGAGGGCGUCAAGGAGAUUAUGGAGAUUGAGAACUCACUAUAG